AUAAAAUGGCUAAGUCCGCGUGCCCUGCUAUAACAUAUCGGGAGCCUACUGAAGCACAAGAUGAAGGUGGAGACCUUCACAGCAAACUUGCCUACCGUAUGAUGAAAGCUCUAUUGGAAGAACCCAAUGGACGCAUUGCGAAGAGGUCUCCCAGUAGCAGCGCCUGCGUAUGCGCUUUCGUAUCUUUGACGAUAUGCAUAUGCUUCACUGCCGCUGGUGUCUACGUUUUUGUCAGAAGUGGAGUGGCAAUUCAGUAUGGUCGGGAUAAGUUGGAAAAAGAUUCGAAUUAUCAAAAGGAUUUUCUCACGGAAUCCGCUCAAAUUACUAUAUGUCAUUUUAACGAAAGAAGGCUACAUUAUGAACAAAAUGCGGAGUCAACGCUUGGUGAUGUUUUAAUUUUUCUGCAUAAUCUUCGAACAAGUUUGAACAACCGAUCAAGCAAUGUGAUAUUGAAAGUCAAAGACGAAAUUUCGAAGAAUCUUACUAGCGCAGAAGAACGCUUUCAGUCACCAUACGCAAAUAAAUUUGUUGCGUUACGCUCAAAACUUAGAGAUUUGGCGCGUCUAGUUAGUGAUUGGAAGUUGGAACAGAGUGAUAUCACUGAUGUUGAGAACACUAUCAAAGCUUUGGUGGCUGAGAUUUUAAAAUUAGAACAACACGUUGAUGCGCAGAAAGCACAACUCAAUGAAAGCUUCAACUCCUAUCCCUCUCACUUUAACACAACGCACACGCUGAUAUCAAAAGAGGUUGCAGAUCUCACGACUGCCGCGAUGAUGGUGCAAAGAAAAAAUGAUUUUGCUGCUGCUUCUGAAUUCAACUAUGCACUCGUUCUUAAUCUCAUUCCUGCAUUUCAACUGAUGUCCGCGGUCAUAGCCAUCGUGACAUUUAUGUGCUGCAGAACGAGAGCUUUCACUUACUACCUUCUCAAUAAAGAAGGUUUUCAAGCUUUGAUAACGGUUGCACUCUUAUUCGUUCUACUAGCAGGAGCUUUCAUAGUUGCUUACACCUCAGCUUAUGUAUGCGCCAGUCUCACUGAUGACAUUGCUACCGUUGAAAUUCUACGUCCUGGCGAUGAAGAUGAUGACACACCGUCACCGAAACAACCACCAGUGGAUAUUAUACGAACAAUGAAAAGUUGUCAAGAAGGUCGCACUUUGUUCAAUGCCACAGGGAAAGUACUUGUUUCGAUCGAAGAGGCGCCCAAACUGGACGAGGUGAUUGCAAAAAUUGAAUCAACUUUGAAUAAUUCUGAGGCAAAAAUUGACCUACAAGAUCGCAUCAAAGAUUUGAAGGAUGGUGUUAACGAACUCUUUGUUAUGAUUCGAAGGAUUGAAGACCAGUCGCUAAACAGUCAAGAAAAGCAAUUCAAAAAAGAAGUCAAAGAAACAUUUGAAAAACUCAAUGGAACUCUCGCGAACGCGGAUGUACAAACAAGAGAGCUCUACCAUAUUUUGACCCCAGAUGCACGAGCGGACCUAUUCAGCAAAAUCAGCAACGAAGUUUCACUUGUGAAAGCCAACAACAUAUACUAUUCUAUGAUAAGUGAAGAGGACGAAAAAGCUUUUCUGUCUCCACCUUGCAAACCCUUGGGAAACCUAUGGAAUGCAAUGGGAUCUUCUUACUGCAAGUUCAUCACUCUACCUGCACAAGGCAUUUGGCCUGCAUUUGUGUUAUGCAUCAUUGGAUCGCUCUUUCUCCUUUAUGGAGUUUGCAAAGCUGGUAGUUAUUUGCCUGCUUUAGAAGAUAGCACCACGGACGAAUCAAGAUUGAAGUCAGCUUCAACUCAUAAGAACCCUCCCAAGAAAAGCGUCAAAAAGAAACAUAAACCGCCAAAGCAGGCUAGGCCACCAUCCGUAAAAGCGAAGAAUAAAACCAAGAAAAGUGUCAGAAAACCAAAAGUCAAGAAAGCUGAAGAGGUUCCUCCAGCAGCAGCUGCAAGACAGGCGAAGUAUGACCGGACUCAGGAUGAUGAGGAAAUGAUACCACCUGCAAAACCGGAGGUCGCAAAACAGGAACCUGCUCAAAUGCCAAAGGUAGCUUGGGAUCCAUACGAACCAUCAGUCAGACAGCGCUCGUGGAAAGUUUAUCCAGGCGGAAAGCCUGAACCAUUACCAGCGGAGCUGAUUACGUCAAUACGCGAUUGGAAGCCUCCUCCAGUUACUGAACUGACCGCCCAAGAGCGCGAGAAUAAAAAUUUGGAGACGCAGGACGAGGAAGAACUUGAGGCGCCGCUUCUUGAACUGGACUUACUCGAAAACAAGGAAGGGCACAAAAAGAAGAAAUCCAAAAGAUUAAGUGUUCGAGAUGAAGGAGCGAAUAUGAUCAUACAACAAGACGUCAAUCAAAAUCUACCAUACCGAGCUGAAGCGGGCACAGCGGAUAAUCAAUAA